UCCCGUCACGUGAGCGGCAGCCCAGGGCAACAUGGCUGCGCCCAGCGGCAGCGUGCGGCUCUGAGGCUCCCGUUGGGCUCCUUUGGGUGCCGGUACCGGUGGCGAUGGAGGCCGGAGGCGGCGGGGACCCCCCCCGAGAACCCCCCCGCUCCCUGCAGGGGCUGCUGGAGAUGGCGGUGACGGCCGGAGAGCCCCAAAGGCCGCCCCGGGAGCCCAUGGGCGAGGAGCGGCAGCGGUGGCUGAGGGCGGCCGUGGCCGAGGCCAUGGGGGGCACCGGGGGGGAGCUGGAGGAGCUGCGGCGCUGCCUGGAUGUGCUGGGGGGGCCGUACCCGGAGGAGGAGGAACCCAAGGGGGGCCCGGGGGGGCCCGGAGCCCACGAGCAGGCCCUGGAGGAGCUGGCGGAGCUGUGUGAGAGCCUGGAUAAUGCUAAAGACUUCUGCUCCCUUGGGGGGCUGGAGGUGGUUGUGGGGCUGCUGCGCCCCCCCCUGCCCCCCCCGUUACGUGCAGGGGCCGCUCGGGUGCUGGGGGCUUGCGCUCAGAACCUGCCCGAGGCGCAGUUCCGGGCGCUGACGCUGGGGGCGCUGCAGCCGCUGCUGGAGGCGCUGCGGGGGGACCCCGACCCCGACCCCCGGGUGCCGAACCGGGCGCUGUUCGCGAUCUCCUGCCUGGUGCGGGGUCAGCCCCACGGCCUGGAGCAGUUUGAGCGCUUGGGGGGCCUGGAGGCGCUGGGGGGGGCCCUGCAGAGCCCCCACCCCCCCCUGCGGGCCCGGGCGGCCUUCGUGGUGCACAGCCUGCUGAGGGAGCACCCCCGGCUGCGCGAGCCCCUGUGCCGGGGGGGAGCCAUCGCCCGCCUGGGGGCGCUGCUGAGGACGGAGCACGAUGGGGCCCAUGAGCACGCAUUGGGGGCGCUCUGCAGUUUGGCCACAGACUUCCCAGAGGGGGUCCGGGAAUGCCGAGCCCCCCCCUUGGGGCUGGAGGAGCUGCUCCGGGAGCGCCGGGAGCUGCUGCGGGGCCGGGAGGAAUUCCAGGAGGAGCUGGAGCAUUGUGAGCGGCUGCUGCAGCUUUGCUUUGAGACCCCCCCCGAGGAUGGGGGCAUGGACCGGUGAUGGGGGCAGCCCCAAAUCCACCCCCCCCCCAGGGGUAAUAAAUGGUCCAAACCUG